UAUCUGUUUAUAAAUAUCAACAAGACAUGAAGCCUCCCAAGGAUUAUCUCUCUCUCUUUCUCUCUCUCUGUAGGACGUGGAUAUCUUUUAUAAGAAAGCUUCAAACGCCAUUAAAUAUACUGAUCGCGAAUUCAAGAGAAACAAAAUGGGGAAAGUGAACGUCUAUUUGAAACGGAGUUACAUUGCUGUGGCCAGUUUGAUCGGUAUUAUCGGUGCUCUAAUGUUGGCAUACACUCUGUUCACCCACGGACAUUUAUACAGAGAUGACUAUGAGAUAGAACCAACCAUUUAUGGCUUGUAUGGUUUUUCCAUUGCAACUCUGCUCCUGGCCAUAACUGGUUUGUUUGGUGCCUGCAAAAAGAAGAAAUGGGCGCUGAUAUUGUUUGCAGUUGGAAUGAUCCUGAGCAGCCUGUACACAAUUACGCCUGCUGUCAUAAUUGGACUGUUUAGGAAACCUCAGGUGGUUAAAGAACUGAAGGAGAUGUUCGAAGGUGGGGAACAUUCGGGUCUUUUAAACGAUGUUCAUAGAGCCCACCUCAACAACACACAGAUGGAAUUGCAGUGUUGUGGACUGAGUCAGGGCUACAAGGAGUGGGGCAACGACAUCCCUGAAUCUUGCAUAUGUACUGAAGCGUCCACUAAUCCAUGUGUGGCAGUUCCUAUAGACAGCCUACACUCUAAGGACAAGAUUGAUGACCAGCCCGUCAUGGUUUAUAAAGAGCCAUGCCUUCCAUACUUGAUUGAUAGAUACGUUUUCCUCCUGAAUGUGACUUCGGGCGUGUUGCUGGGACUCACAUUACUCUCGGUUUUGUCAGUAGUGCUGAGUAUUAUCAUCUUGUGUCAGCUGAACAAGAAGGAAGAUUCCCCUGCAGUGGUCUACAGUGCAAAGGCAAAAGCGGGCAACUACACCACUCUUACAGAGUUAAUCUGAUUUCAUUUUUUUUUCUUUGUGGCUGCUCUUUACAUUGGUGAAUAUCAUCAUGUCAGCAAGUGAGAAAAAACAGUGGGAACAAUGGGAUUUUUACAAGUGUAUAUAUGUUGCUUGAAUAUCCAAAUGUAUUUGUUGCUCGGUUUUCUGUCUCUUUAAAACUUAGACCCUUUAUUAAUUUUACUCCUGCCUGAAUAUGCGUGUUUUUGAAAUUGGAGACUCUGAAAAUAGCAAGAAACUGUUAAAAAGCAUUCCCUUUUCAUUGUGAUAAUCAAAAAAGAUGAUGAAAACUGAGAUACAUAAGCUACACAUUAGCUCUGAAUCCAGUUACAGAAUAAUGGAAAGAGAUAGUUCAGAUAGUUGGUAUUUUCAUCCCAGAUUGAAAUCGUAAUUUUGCACAUUUGAUUGAAGAUAUAAGCCCUCAGCACAGCAAACAUACAGCAAAAUUAGACAUUUUGUACGAUAUGUAAAUAGAGUAAAACAUUAAUGUGAGAUGAUUGAAGACUGUGUGCGUUUAGGAAAGAAGCACUGAUGAAGACAUGAAUGCAGAAACGUGAAUGUAUUACAACUUGAGUGAGAAUAACUGUAUUUUAAAGUUUUAUAUCUUUUUCUGUAUUAUAUUGUGCCAGAUUUUAUGUAAACUUUGUUGUUUUCAGUUUUUCUAAA